AUGGCGCAGGGCUGGGCUGGCUUCUCUGAGGAGGAACUGAGGCGACUAAAGCAGAGUAAAGAUCCAUUUGAACCACAGCGGCGUCCCCCUAUGAAGAAAAGUCGACAACAACUUCAGCGAGAAAAAGUCCUUCAAGAGCAAAGCCAAAAACUUGGACUGCAAGAUGGAUCAGUCAGAUUAUCUCCAGAGCAGCUGCUCUCUGCACCACAGCAGAGAUUCAAUCACCAAAAGCCAGAGUUUUCCUCCCCUGCUGCUCCUAAUCCUCUUACACUCAACUGUCCUGUUGGCAAUGGAAAACCACAGGACGCUGAAAGUCAACCAAGGGAACUGGGACUUGAGAAUUCCCGGGAUGGUCACAUAAGUGCUGAGGUUGUACCUCUAAAACCAGAUUGCAAAUUGGAGAAAAAGAAAGUGGAAUUGCAAGAAAAGUCUCGUUGGGAAGUGCUCCAACGUGAACAGCAGCUAAUGGAAGAGAAAAAUAAACGUAAGAAAGCUCUUUUGGCUAGAGCUAUUGAGGAAAGAUCUAAAAGAACUCAGGCAGAGACAGUGAAACUGAAGCGGAUCCAGAAGGAGUUACAGGCUUUAGAUGACAUGGUUUCAGCUGACAUUGGAAUCCUCAGGAACCGGAUUGACCAGGCCAGUCUGGACUAUUCAAAUGCUCGGAAGCGGUUUGACAAGGCAGAAGCGGAGUAUGUUACGGCCAAGCUCGAUCUACAGCGCAAGACUGAUAUUAAAGAGCAGCUCACUGAGCACCUUUGUACAAUCAUACAGCAAAAUGAGCUCCGCAAGGCCAAGAAGUUGGAGGAGUUGAUGCAGCAACUGGAUGUCCAAGCUGAUGAGGAGACUUUGGAGCUUGAGGUGGAGGUGGAGAGACUACUGCGGGAACAAGAGGCAGAAGCAGGGAGACAGAAGGUUCAUGGAGAGAGGCCAGUUCAGCCUUCCGGGGAGAGUGUGACAUUAGGGUCUACUCAGAGCAAAGAGCAUCAAGCACCAACUGCCUGCCCAAAGGUAGAAGAACAGUGUGAAAAUCCCAAGAGCACUCCCCUUCUCACGCCAGACCACCCAAGUCAGGAAGUGAAGACUAGUGCUCAUGACCACGGUUCCGCUGCUCUGACCACAUGA